AAAACAAGAGGGUAAAAGAGACAUGGACACCUCCAGAUGUUUCACUGUCCUCGCCGCCUGGGCAGUGGGGGGUACCAUCAAGUGUUAUGCGAGCUGAUUGGCUUCAGGAUUGGCGGCAAUGACACAUUCACUGGAACAACCCGAUGAAGGUCAAAGGUUAUCACGACUCAAGUGGUAUGCGGUUCUAUUAUCAGCCGGCGAGGCCUGAGGUUCAAGACCUGCUGACCUUUAUGACUGGACAGAGACUGCUAGAGAUACCGCCUGGUGAGCCCAGCGUGGAACAUACCUCUACGUGCCCCAGCUCGUGCACCUGGUCUCUCUUCUCCAAACCUGCCUACCUCGUGCACUCCUUCAACCACAUGCACUACCUAGACAAAAGCCUCAUUUGGAAGUGCGGCCUGGCGAUGAGAUCAAGACGACGUGCGUGUACAACUCUGUGGGCAUAGAUAGAUGGGUGUACUACGGGGACGCCACAAGUGACGAGAUGUGUUUUGGCUUUCUCACCAUGUACCCUGCCGACGCUUUGCCUUAUGGCGGAUACUGUGUGGGCAUGGGCCCUCUGGUAGGAUGUGACCUUUACAUGGGCACGCGUAUCGGGGAAUGUAACUGGCGGAGGUACCCGAGUGUAAAGACAUCACCAGACGCAUCAAACAACACCCGUGCCUCCAGGGUGAGGCCGAGAUGCUGGUGACACACUUCCUGUCUGAGAGCCACGACGGUGCCAAAAUCCUGGGACGCCUCCACUCCUGCUCCCCUGAUGAACUCAAGGGUCAUGAUGAUGACGACGACCGUGUAGACUGCAGCAGACAGUGCUCUCAUAUGUGUGACGGGGGCAAGGGAGACAACCCAUGGGACAAUCCGCGACCUAACGCUGGGGCAGGAAGUCUUCCGGCAGCCAUGUUGGUGGCUUUUGCUUGUUUCGUGGCUGUUGGGUUGAUCAAACACUGAACCAGUACGUCUUUGCGUUGUUUUUCUUUUUUGUUUUUUCUUCUUCUCUUUUGUGUGUUUUGUUUUGUUGUAACUGUCUUGUAAAUGGCGUGGAAAACCCAUUUAAUCGACGAGUGAAAUUGAGGGUUUUAAAGAUGUUUAAAAUAUUUUGUUUUUUACUUUGCUUUGUCGAGAACCAAAUUUGUGACUCGUGAAAAGACAACUUUGAGUUUAUGUAAUCUAAUAAAACGGAUGAAACUAUGC